AUGAAGAUUCUCGCCGAAAGGUCGGCGUUCUUACUGGACUACGAGGUCUUGCAGCAUCUAGAAGAGUUGAAGGUGAAAUACAAUUGGACUUUUACUCCCGAAGAUGAGACCAAACAGAAAAAUCGUAAGAAGAGAUUCACUGCUGCUGGUUUGGGACUAGAAGUGGCUACCAGAGAUAUCACUCUGUAUCUCUCCAAGAAUGCAGCCAGCAAGUACCCGAACUCGGAAUCAUUCACGGCACUCAUGACGUUUUUGAAUCAGUUUGAGCUCAUGAAGGUUGAAAAACUCCAGAUCGUGAACUCUCUACCAAGAUCCAUGGUCCAUCUCUAUGGAUUGGUGGAAGAGUGUGACCUGCGUUUCGAUGAGAACACUUGUGAGUCUAUUUUGGCUAAAAUCAACGAGUUAGUCCCUCUGGAUGAGGCUGACGACGAUGUCGACGACGCCGAGGAAGAGGAAGAGGAGUAG